CAGUCUGCAAAGAUACGAUCGAGAUUGUCAAAAAAAUGUUGUCGGUACCGGAAAUGCAACAAAUGAAGAUAAAAGAUAUCAGCAAAGUUAGCGGCAUGUCCGUCGCGUCGGUGUAUAACAUAAGGCGCGCUACGUUUCCGGAUUUUUACGGAGGACCCUUGAAAGAUUACCCAAUCCUAAAACGGGGAAGAAAAAAAAAGGACCUAUCAAAUAUCGAAUCAAAAAUAUUGGGCCUAUUGAAAGACGAUAACACGCUCACCAUAAACGAGAUUAUGCAAAAUAUGCCCGACGGAUGCCCGAUAAAAGGGAGUACGAUCAGUAAAUACAUCAAAAAAUUCGGAUGGUCGAAAAAGAUGGCCUAUAAGGAACUCGAUAAUAGAAUAAACGAUCCGGAGGUUAUGACUACGCGGAAAACGUAUUGCUCGAAGAUGCUGAAUACGGCCAUGGAGAAGUUGUUUUUCUUCGACGAAACUAGCAUUUAUAUAAAGGACACGCCCGUUUACGCGUGGGCACCUUUCGGGGUUAUACCAUCCAUAGUCAUUCCGCGUUACAGUGAUAAAUGUGUGAGUUUUUUAUGUACUAUAGGUAUAAAGGGUUUGGUCAAUUAUCGCAUCUUAGAGGGGUCCUACAAGGCGGCCAUUUUGAUGGAUUACAUGACAGAUCUGGUAAAUAUUCUCCCGAGCGAUGCUAUAAUCAUGAUGGACAAUGCUCCCAUUCACACGAGUGAUCUUAUGGACGGUUUUAAAGGUAGGAUCGAAUAUAUUCCACCUCAUUCGCCGCAAUUGAACCCCAUCAAAAGCUUCUUCGACGUUAUUAAAACUAAAUUCGAGGCUAUUCACCCGCGACCCGCAACAAGGGCCGAUAUCAUAUCCAAUAUUUCUAUCAUUAUGACUCAAUACGAUAAACAUAGUUUUUCAGAUUUUUAUACUGAUAUGCGCAAAUUUUUGGAAAUCGAUGUUUGAU